GUAUGAUGUAAUCAAUGCAUGCAUUCAAUCAGUCACUCAGUCAUUGCAUUAGUUAUCCAUUGGUUUCACUUUUAAUUGUCUUUUAUAUUACUCUGUGUUUGUGUUCACCAAUACUUAGCACUCAAUUCAUUCACAAAUUACCGAUUAUUGUCAUCGAUUCAUACGAUAAUCCCAUCUCUCAAUCAAACGGCAUUUCAAACGCAUUCAAAGUAUGUCAUUGGGUUUAUUGACAUUUCGGUCGUUCAUUAGAAGUCCGAUUAUAGCAAACAAUUCAAACAAAUUGUUGAAAUCUCUACGAAGGCAUUACUCUCAGGAAAUAUCACAAAAAGCAGACAAUAAAUCCAAUUUAAUGGAACCAAAAGAAUUGAGAUUUCCAUUACCUUAUGGACACUUAGCUGCUAAGGAAUGGGGUAACCCUAAUGGACUACCAGUCCUAGCAGUGCACGGAUGGUUAGAUAAUAGCGGUUCAUUUGAUCCAUUGAUUCCACACAUUCUCAAACCACACGAUUUACAUGUUGUAGCCAUUGAUGAGCCGGGAGUGGGCUUAUCGUCCCAUAAACCUCCCGGUUCUGAAUACGGGCGCUGGCAUACUGUACUCGAAAUGAAACGAGUGAUCGACCACUUGAAGUGGAAAAAGUGUACUGUUAUUGGACACUCACAAGGUGGACACUAUGCACUGUUAUUUGGUGCCAGUUAUCCCGAUUUGGUGGACCGUGUUAUCACUAUUGAUAUAUUCAAACCGCUCACAUAUAGAGGCGACAAAUGGGCCAAAAAAGUAUCGAAAAUCACUGAAAUUCAUAUGAAAUACGAGAACUUUCUGAAUGAGGAUCCGUCGAGAGAUAGCACAGCGCCGGUAUAUUCGGAAAGGGAUGCACUGAAGCGUAUGAUGGAAGCGCACGGCAACUCUCUCAAUGAGGAGAGCGCCCGUAUUCUCAUGAAAAGGGGCACCAAAAAGCAGAAGUGGGGCCUCAGCUUCAGUAGAGACAUCCGUCUGAAGGUGCCAUCACUGGACCCGCCGCCCACUGACGACCAAAUGACUAAAUUCAUGGCUCAUCUCAACUGUGAUUUGAUGAUAAUUAUGGCCAAUCAGACGCCGUAUCACAUUCCCGACGAUAUCAAACACAUGUAUUACGAUAUUUACCGAAACCAUUGUCGCUAUUUUGAAAAUGUCAAUCUCGACGGCACUCACCAUUUGCAUAUGAAUGACCCGAUUCCUGUCGCCAAUCACAUCAACCAAUUUAUUUCCCAAUCAUUAGCCCUUCAACUCACACCUAAACUGUAGUCAUUUGUUAUAAUAUUUUACUAUUUAAUAUUGUAUUUUGAUUAAAAAUUUGACAUUUUAUCAACUAAA